AUUUAUCGAUAAAUCACAGUGGUCACACUGAUCGUCGCACGUGUUGAUAUUUAUUUUUUAUAGCUCUGAAAUUUUAUCAUAAUUUAAGCAUGUCCGACUUUGAAAUGGAAGAGAGUGGCUCGGAAUACGACUCCGAUGACAAUUCCGAUGCUGAGCUGCAAGCUGCCUUUGAGCGUGGCGAACUAAAACCCGGCCUCAAUGUGGAGUUCAACGGAAAACGCGACAGAGUUAAUGAUAUUACAAAACUGCUAGCCAAAACAGAGGCCAUUCGGCUGCAACUGCCGUGGGUGGAGCGCCUAGACAUGGUCAACAGUCUGGCGCCCUUGGCCCCAGAGCUGGCCGUGCAACUGGAGAAGCACGAACAGAAGCGCGCCAAUGCGUUCAAAGGCAACGCCAAGCUACCAUACGUCCGCCCCGAAGAGGAUCCUGUGCUGAACGAUUUCAAACGCGAGAUGCUCUUCCAUCGCCAGGCCCAGAGCGCCGUGCUGGAGGGAAUCCAGCGCCUCCAGGAGCUGGGCCUCAAGACACGCCGUCCGGACGACUACUUCGCCGAAAUGGCCAAGAGCGACGAGCACAUGCAAAAGGUGCGAUCCAAUCUGAUGGCCAAGCAGCAGGGCCAGGCCAAGUCGGAGCGCAUCAAACAGAUCAGGGAGCAGCGCAAGAUGGGCAAGAUGCUGGCCAAGCAGACCAAGGUCCAACGCGAGGCCGAGAAGAAGGACAUGCUGGACAAGCUGAAAAAGUUCCGCAAGGGCAAGCUGAAGAACCUGGACUUCCUCGAGGACGCCAAGGCGCUCGAGUCCAAGCAGAAGAAGACCGCCGAAAACCGCAAGGCCCGCAACAAGAAGUUCGGCUUCGGUGGCAAGAAGAAGGGUCUCAAGCGCAACACAAAGUCCUCGUCGGCUGGCUUAGACGCAGAGAAGUCCACGCGCCGGCAACGGGGCGCCAAGGCUGGAGCGUCGGUCAACAAGCGGAUGGGCAAAUCGCGACGCAUCAAGGCCAAGGGCAGAAAGUGACAGCACUUUGGCUUAUAAUUAGGUGACCAAACUUAGCUUUUAAAUGCCUUCCCAGAUCGUGUAUAGAUUUAUUAUAACUAAAUACAUACAAUUUAUGUGCACUAAAC